GGUGCUCUGUGUCCCUUGGACACAGCGGAUCACCGAUCACGGAAAAUGCCAAAGAUGUCGGCUCAGUCAUGUGAUCAGCUGUGUCCAAUCACAGCUGAUCACUUAGGGGACAUGUACACUGAUCAUCAGGGCACUGAUGAUCAGUGUGCCCUGAUGAUCAGUGUAGCCCCAGCGGUGCCACCUGUCAGUGUCCAUCAGUGCCUUGUGUCAGUGCUCAUCAGUGCCACGUGCCAGUACCCAUCAGUGCCACAUCAAUGCCACAUAUCAGUGCCUACCAGUGCACAUCAAUGCCACAUAUCAAUGCCCAUCUGAGCUGCCUUUCAGUGUCACCCAUCAGUGCGACCUAUCAAUGCCAAUCAGUG